AAAAAAUCUCUUCAUCAAUUUUAUCAUUUUCUUGAUAAAAACCAAAUCACAAAUGUAAAUGUUUUAAUUGUAAACACAACCAACACCGCCACCACCCACUUAAACUACAACAAACAGUCAACGCCGGUUGGUUCUUUACAAACAGGUCAUGAAGUUAUCAUUUCACCAAAUAAAGAUCGUCAUAAUGUUACAGGCAAGGAUGUUUCUUAUUUUGAUUAUGAAAAUGAUGAUGAAGAAUUUUUAAUUUUGGAGACAAAUGCCAAAGGAGGUGUUGCUGCGUGGCCAGAUGUACCUAAACCAGGUGCUACACUAGGCAAUCUUACGCCUGCCGAUAGGCAUGGUUCUGUACAGGUUGUGAGUUCAACAAAUGGUGAAUUAAAUGCGGACGAUCCCACUGCUGGUCAUUCAAAUACUCCCAUAACACAACAGCCUGAAGUCGAGUUGGUCGAUGAAACAAAAUGUUGUUGUUUCUUUAAACGAAAGAAGAAGAAAUCAUCACGUCAAAAAUGACUAGAUGGUGUCCAAUGUAGUCCAGAACGCGAAGCAGUUACAUUGCUACGCGCCACUUCACAUUCAAAUUCAAGGGAUAGCGUUUUAAAUAAUCCUAGCCAGGAUUAUAUACAACAAGCAACGUCACAGCAUACGUUGCGUUAUCCUCCAUCCGCGUCAAUGUUGACGCCUACACCAACUACUAAUACACCGACACUUCCGUUGUAAUUUACAUUUAAAAGAAAAACAAACAAAAAAAAACUCUAAACAACAAAAAAAAAAAAAUGCAAAAAAAAAAUAAUAAAAUUAAAAAAAAAAACAUUUAAAAAA